CGUGCGUAGUUUGUUUAGACUCUUCUCCCAUCAAUAGUCAGAUGAGAGGGGAUGGUGCGGCCAGAGUAACUGUAGGCGCCUGUUUUACUGUCAACGGACGGCUCCCAACAUCCAUCUAAUUCAUCAAGGCCCAGCUGUCUCUCUUGCCCAGCCCAACUCAGCCCAGCUCAGCCGCCAUUAGUGUAGAUCCCUAAAGAGGUUGUGGUUAGAACAUGGCCGCCCUCCUCCUACACCACCUCGCCCUGCUCCUGUUGGGCACCGUCGCACUCUUAGCUCUCCAGUCUGCCGCCCAGGCGGCACCAGAGGGAGGCGACGCGGACCAAGUGGCCCUGCGCAACGCCGACUUUGCCACCGGCCUGUACCGAAAGCUGGCGGGUGGCACCGACGGGAACGUGGUGGUGUCCCCUCUGGCCCUCACCCAGGCGCUGGCGGCCCUGGCCGAGGGGGCGGCCGGACAGACCCAGGAGCUGCUCUGGGGCGCCCUGAAGCUGAGCCCGCUGCAGAUGGCGGACGCGCCCGACCGACUGCCGCAACUCCUGCAGGCCGUGAACGAGAACGUGCUUCAGGCCUCACUCAGGUACGAUGAGGUCGCCGCACUGUUUGCCGCACCGUCAGUGGAGGUGGAGGCGGCGUAUAAGGAGCGCGCCAAGCAGUUCUUCAGGACGGAAGUGCAGAGCGUGGACUUUGCCAACGCGAUGGCCGCCACGACAGCCAUAAACGACCACGUUCGCGCCAAGACCGGGGAGAAGAUCCGGGAUGUGGUGUCGACAUCCCUGGAUGCGAAGACACAGCUCUUGUUGAUCAGUGCGGCCUUCUUCAAAGGCCAGUGGACGUUGCCUUUCAACGCCAGCUUCAGCCAGGAGGAGCGCUUCUAUGUGGACAAGUACCACAUCGCCCAGGUGCAGAUGAUGUUCCGCUCCGACAAGUUCCACCUGGCGUACGACGCGGCCCUCAAGGUGGGCGUGCUGAAGCUGCCGUGCUCAGGGGGGGCGGCCAUGUUGGUCAUCUUCCCCGACGAGGACGUGGACGUGACCUCCGUCGACGACGAGAUCUUCACCAACACCUACAGGGACUGGGUGAAGAAGCUGAAGAGGACGAGACUGGAGGUUCAGAUUCCACGCUUCUCCCUGAAGCAGUCCUAUUCCCUGAAGAACACCCUGGCCAGCUUGGGCAUGCCGGAUGCCUUCCAGGGCAAUGCCGACCUCUCCACUCUCAGCAAGACAGCCGGCCUCAAACUGGAUGAGGUCCAGAUGACGACUGCCAUCGAGGUGGACGAGACUGGCUCUCUGCCGGACUCCGCUUCCCCCCCGGACCCCCUCUCCGGCAGUCUGCCGCCGCGACUCACCAUCAACAGGCCCUUCGUCUUCCUCGUCUACCACGAGGCCUCCCUGAACCUGCUCCUCAUGGGCCGAGUGGUCGAUCCCACCAAAAACUAAACACGCCAAGAGGCCGUCUAACACAGCGAUGGGCGACCUGGAGUUAGAAGUUACAAUCGAGUGCCACAUACACAUGAUGACCACGAGAUCCCGUUUUACCUGGCCAACUUACUAGGGCAAUCGUCUGGUUGAAUUGGUAAGGUAAACCCAGGUCAUGUGGAAUAUGUGGUAAUGACUUGUAACGUGUGGAUCCAAGUUGACCAUCACUGAUCUAACAUUUCUAGCAAGCUCUGAAAAUAAGCCCAGUUGCUUACCAGUGAU